ACGGGGCUCUAACGGGGCUCAGGCUGAAGAUCAGUCGGAGUGUUUCCUGACGUGAAGAGGCUGCUGGGCUCCAUGUCGGCUCCUGCUCCAGCCAAUCGGAGGUCUGCGUCGGGCUCUCGCCGGUUCGACUACUGCAGGUUCAUAGAGCUAGACUACGUCCCCAUGGAGACUGGCUAUAUGGUCUCAAUGCGUCCUACUAAAGGCUACGCGUCCACCAAGUCGCCAACGAAAGGAUACAUUUCCACCAAGUCUCCGGAUCGCCAUAGCCGCUCGACAAACUCCCCCUCCACCCCUCGCUCCCGGCGGACUCCGGCGGCCCCCAGCAACAGAGAACCUCAUGGCAACACGUCCUUCAGCAGCAGCAGCAACUCAGGCUCUUGUAAAGGCAGCGACUGCAGCCCCACCAAAGGACGUCACCAGAAGUACACUUCAUGUACAGACAACCAUGGGAUUCGACCCCCUCCACCAGAACAGUACCUCACACCCCUGCAGCAGAAGGAGGUGUGUAUCCGACACCUUCGAGCCCGGCUAAAAGAAACAAUGAGCACGCUGCAGGACAGGGACACUGAGAUCGAUGAGCUGCGAGGCCAGCUGUACAGGAUGCAGGAGGACUGGGUUGAGGAAGAGUGCCACCGUGUGGAGGCCCAGCUGGCCCUGAAGGAGGCCCGCCAGGAGAUCCAGCAGCUCAAGCAGGCCGUGGAAACCGUGCGGGCCAGACUCAGUGAUGCCGGGGGUCUCAGUGGGGAUGCCGGCGUCCAGAAGUACUUCCAAGACAUCAAUGCUCAGAACCACAAGCUGGAAAACCUUUUGGUUAGCAUGGAAUUGGCCCAGGCUGGAUUAGCAAAGGAGAGCGAAGCCAUAUCCGGGUGUCGGACCCGCGGUGGGGGUUCAGCACCAGCGUCUGUUUCAGGUGAAAGUCCUGGAGGAGCUCCCAGACUGACAGUGGGAGGAAGGGGGUCGUGCUCUUGCGAUGGUUCUCCAGCCCGUUCUUUGACUCGAAGCUCCACCUACACCAAGCUGAGCGACCAGGCCCUGGCGGACCGGAACAGCAAUGGGACUGACUUUCCUUGUUUGUCUGGUGACGGCACACAAGACAGCGGCUUUGUGUGCUGUGGGGAGAGCUCCGUCCCCAGCCGGGCUGACCUGCUGCUCGAGGCCGCCUUCCUCUCCGAGGAAACCGCGUCUUUACUCAACUCCUACUCGCAGAACUUCCCACACUCUUUACCCCAUUCUUUUCCAAACUCUCUGCCCAUGUCGCUCCCUCCAUCCAUCCCUCACUCUCUGCCUAAUUCUCUGCCUCACUCCUACUCUCAUACCUUACCUCACUCUUUCCCUCACAAUUUGUCCCACCCUAUGUCUCACACGAUGCCUCACUCCUCCACGUAUGAGAAGCUGUGCACGGGAGACCGGCUGGCUCCGUUCCGUUGUGGUCUGGGCGGGGUCAGCUGCAUGAGCCACCCCUGCCUCUCCCACCACCACCUGUACCUGCACCCUUUGAGAGAGACAGGCAUUCAGACUGAGAGCUGCCCCAUCCCUGCCACGGCCGGGUGUCCCUCCGAUCUGGACACCAUCGCAGAGCAACGCACCUUCCGUUCUCAGGCCUGCAGCCCCACCUCCACCUGGAUGUCCGAUGAGGGGGAGGAAGAACUGGACUCCAUUACCACCACUACAUCAGUGACCACUGCGACAGUCAUGAGUACGGCCACAGAGCCAAUCCCAGUCUCCAAAACGCCACUGGUCCCUUCUUUGCCACGGUCCGCCACUGUGGCGUGCUCCAUGGAGAGUCCACUGCGCGAGCAGGAUGGAGGGGAAGCCGAGGAAAAACAGGAAAAGGAGACAAGAGAAAAGGAAGCUUCUUUGUCUGAGGAGCCGGAAGAGACACCUGAGAUCAACCUAGAAGACGAGCAGCAGAUCCAGGCGGCAGUAGAGGAAGGACAGCAGGUGGAGGCUGAGGAGACACUGUGCGACUUGUCAGAGAUAUCGGCGGGAACACAGGCUGAGCUGGAGUUCAGACGAUGCUCUGGCGAAGUCAGACACAGUGGGACUACAGUGGAUAACUUCAGUGUGGAGGACAAACAGGACGAACCUGAACCAUCAGCAGGAUCAACACACGUAGAAGCAGCUAAGCUUAGUCCAGCGUCUCCGGGGCUAUCUCCAGGAGCCGAACAGCCCCGCACCUCCCAGCCGAGGAGAUCCACCUCCCACGAGGAAAUAGCUGGCGUCAUGGUGGUGGAGGUGUCCGAUGAAGAGGAUGAGGAUGACACCGGAGCACGGGGGAACGCAGGAAACACCGAGGCAGAGGACGAAGAGUCGCCUGCCUCUGGGACGGUUCAGAAGAGCUACUGGAGCCGCCACUUCCUCGUCGAUCUGCUCGCGGUGGCCAUCCCCGUGGUUCCCACGGUGGCGUGGCUCUGCCGCGGUCCGGUCCGCGACGGACAGCCCAUGUACCACAUCGGCUCGCUGCUGAGGGGCUGCUGCACGGUGGCGCUGCACUCGCUGCGCCGGGGCGGCGGCUUGAGGCAUUACCCCGCAGGCGGGGGAGAUCUGGGGGGAUCGCAGAUUUAAGACGGGAAUCUGUUUACUUUGCUUCACUGCGUCGUCCCUCACAUGGCUCUGGCUUCUUGGGUGAUUGCAUUAGAGCGAGGAGCAGACGAGAAAGUACUUCCUGCCCUGUGGAUCUCAUCAAGAUGAAAGCUGAAAGGAGUACACGGACCAGGAAAAGUGCAUUUAGGGCUAAGAUCUAAAACUGUGUUCUGUUUGGUCCUGCUCCUUGUCGUCUGUCACUCGUUGUUGCUACCAAGAUGUCUGCUGACCCUACUGACACCUGCUAGACUGAAUGAGCUGAAUGAACCCGAUGGUCUGUGCUUGGAUGUUCAACACUGAUUGUUAAUUUUGUCCUUAAAUGCAGGGAAAAUGUAAAAAAAAAAAAAAAAAAAACUCAUUGAUGUGUCAACGUGUUAUUGACAAACGAUCAUGUGUUGGUGAAUGUGUACACAGAAGACAGUAUGUGUAUGUAUAACCGCGUAUGCAUAUAUAACCAAGUUAGAACGAGCCACAGAGCUGCUCAGUGGUUCACGAAUGAAGGAAACCCCGCUCCUAUUUAGAAUGUGCACGUUUUCUGUGACUGCAGACACUCAUUAAGGAUCUUUGACAUCUUCAAGAUCAAACAUUGUCUGCUAUUAUGAAAAACAUUGUAGAACCAAGUAUGUUCUAGGGGUAGAAACA